AGAACUCCAAAAGAUGAAGAUCUCAACUCCUUUGCUUUUGGUGCUAGCCGAGCGAUCGGUGGCGCUCGCACUGCCUGCAACAACUAUGGCGGUUGCGGAUAUAGUCCGCCGUGACGGGAUUGACUGGCAUGUUCCAACUUAUGACGACUUUGGGGCCUCAGAAAAUGAUUGCAGCAACUUCGCCAUUAAAUCUACUACUAGCGUGGCUGAUCCUAAGCUUGACGACUGUCAAAACUUAGUUAAUGCUCUCCAAGGCGAGGGAUUCAUUUUAAUCCUUAAUGACGGCUUUAAUGGCGGCGAGUGGACAAACAUUGUUUCAUAUGGCACUUGCAAUUUAUACAUUGAUACAAAGGGGUUUCCAUCCGCCACAACAACAGCUACGGUCGAGGUUGCGACAAAAGACCUGAUCGAUAUUCUUCAGAACGUGAUUACCUGGGCUAUACCUCUGUCGUCGAUAUCAAUAAAUCCAAGCUUGGUGGAUCCUAUCAGUAUCAGCGAGCCUACUUGGGCCCCCGGGUCUCUCCCCGGUUCGACUGGUAAUAUGAAUUGUGAAAACUUUACACCUUCAGUCUCAUGGAGGGUUCAGGGUUCAGCAUAGUCAUUUUUUUUUGAGAUUUGAAACAAAUUAUUACAGGAGACUCAAGAACAUCCUACCUUUAGAGCUGAUCUUCUCGAAGAAGUAAGAAGGACUCUUAAGGAACUAAGGACCAACCAAUAUAUUAUCAGUUAUUAGGAUUCUC